CCCAGCCCUAAGUGCAGGUUGAAUCGCCGCCAUGCCACUAGGUCAUAAAAUUCCGCCCAAGCCGGCGUCGCCUAUAUAUUUGAUUGCUUUUUGCGCAAAUCAAAGCCUAAAACCUCCGCAGUAAACGAGCCGGGAAAACCCUAGCAACGUUGGUCGAGCUCUCUGCGAAAAUGACUUUGGAAGCAGUGAACCCGAAGGCCUACCCGCUGGCUGAUGCUCAACUCUCAAUCACCAUUCUCGACCUGGUUCAGCAAGCGGCUAACUACAAGCAGCUCAAGAAGGGAGCAAAUGAAGCUACCAAGACACUGAAUAGGGGUAUCUCUGAGUUCGUUGUCAUGGCUGCUGAUACAGAGCCACUUGAGAUUCUUCUCCACCUCCCGUUGCUUGCUGAGGACAAGAAUGUCCCAUAUGUUUUUGUUCCUUCAAAGCAAGCACUUGGGAGAGCCUGCGGUGUCACGAGACCUGUCAUCGCUUGUUCUGUGACAACCAACGAAGGAAGCCAACUGAAAUCCCAGAUACAACAGCUCAAGGACGCCAUUGAGAAGCUGUUGAUCUAAGGGAAAAACAACUUCUCAUAGAUAGGUGUACUCGGUAUGAUGGGCCUCUUGGAUCGUUGAUUUGGUCUCUCCCUUGGAGUGAGGCUUUGACUGGAUGAAGUUGUACCACUAGUGGGUGAACACAGAAGCAUCUUUUGUUCUUCCAUGUCCUAUAUGUAUUCCCCAAAACUUGAAGUGGAGAUGCUUUGUAUGUUAAAGAGUGAGCUGCUGUUUUGCGAGACUUUAAUGUUAUGACGAUAUAAAUUUUGAGUUUUGAUCACCAAUUCUCCAUCCUUUCAUUCUGAAUGUGCAGCUUUAGUCCCAUUUGAUUUUGCUUUUAGUUUUGGCUUGGUUAGGAUUUGUGUAGUGGAUGAUAGGAGGGAUACUAAUUGUUCUAUGAAACAGUUAUUAUU